AUGCAGAGAGUCAAGAUGAUACAGUACCUGGCGGAGCUUGGCAAACAAAGGGUCUCGCUUGAAAUGUACGACAGCCGCAACCUGAGCUCAGGGAAGACAGCAAACUCCGUCCUUCCCAAACAGUUUAAUUCGCUCUUCUAUCAAGUCGAUCAUCACGGAGUAUGUCUUAUGAUGUUGAGCUGGAAAGGUGCAUUAAGAAAGAAAUACGGCUAUCGAUCCUCUGAAGGUAUCCCGUCAGUUAUCAUGUCUCGCGAGCAGAAUUGGUCACUACCAGUGUCGUUUGGCGAUGGAGGCCAUAUCCAGCCUGAAUCUGAGAUAGUCACAUCUCACAAUCCUGGGUCUGAUCAGAUGUCUCGCCUUACUCAGUAUUCACCUGCAUCAAGUUCAUAUGAGGGGGACAACCAGACAUUUGGACCCAUCCGUCUGCCAUAUACCGUGUUUCUCCUUAUUCAACUGGGUUUCAGGAGCACGAGCCCUGUGCAUGUCCAACAUUCAACCAAACGGGUGAUGUUUCUCAGCACCAAGCCCAUCAUCCAUACCAUACCGCCGAGCAAACCAGUGUCUCUAUUGACACCUGUCUUUUUAUCGGAAGGGGAAAUCGACGCUGUGAAGAAGGAGGCUAACAUACAGAUGAAUAGGCUCAUCCUCGAUCAAACAUUCUUCCCCACCGACGAUGCAGCUCUCGGAAGGAUGGCCGAACUGGCACUCGACAAGGCUAUCGCCAAGUGCUCAAAUGCGGACUUCAGUGGGUGGAAGUUGCUACGGGAAGGCCAAAACGAAAUCAAGAAGCUCAAGGGCAUAUUAACUAAAAUUCGCAAUGAAAUCAAGGACCUCAUACUCGCAGCGGUAGUAAAUGCUUAUUCUUUGUCCCUUGCAAUUGAGAAGCGCGGUCCAGCGCGUCUUUCACCAAGGAUCGCGAAAAUCAAUUUGCUACUCACGACUAAUGUGUUCCUCCAUGGGCUCAUGACGCGCGAUCAUCAACGCGUUAGAAACUAUCUUGUUGGAGAGACAGUACCACUGGUUCAUCUACUAUGA